AUUUGGGAUUAAGUUAGUUUCCCUAUCACGUAUGGGUUUUCCUUUUACCUUGUUUUGGUUUCAACCCGUCCAGUUGGUGGCGACAAUAGACCCUUUUGUGUUGUAGCCUGCCAUCAAACCCACAGAAGAAGAGGCUUCUGGUGCGUUCAAACGUUUCUGAUCCAGCAAUAGAAGGGGGAAGCUAGCUGAUCAUGGCUGAAGAAGAACCCCUAGGUGGCGCCCAGCAGGUACUGCGUCGUCUGAAGCCCAAGUUGAUCGAUACUCUAAGUGCAGACCCUGCCUUUGUGCUGCAGCAUGCAGACUCUCUCAGUCUACUGGCCAGGCAUGAGUACAAGCAGGUCAAAGCCCUCACUGACCCAUCAAAACAGGCCCAGGACCUUCUGGAUCAUGUGAUCAACAAAGGACCCACUGCUGCAGAGCAGCUUCUGCAGCUCCUGACAGGAAAAGAAAUGCAGGAUACGUUUCCCAACCUUCUGUUCCUCAAGGAACUGCCAGUGAAUGAUCAAAGAGCUGCAGGUGAAAAGGGUACAGGGGGAAAUGAAGUUACCAGAAAGAGAGGACAAACAUUUGAGUCCGAAGAGAACCUUCCCGCUAAACAGACAUGCAAGGAUGGCUCUAAGAUGGUGGUGGAGAAGGAUCUGAUGCGUGUGGCUCGAAAUAUCGGUCGCUCCUGGAGGGCAAUUGGUACAGGGGCCCUAGACAUCCCCUCUGUCAAGCUGGAUCAGAUCCAGGAGGACUAUCCACACAGCCAUGUGGACCGUGUGUUCGCCAUGCUGCGCUACUGGAGCACACUGAAACGGCAGGAGGCCACGGCGGCCAAUCUCCACUCCCUGCUCAGCCAGGACGACUGGGCCCUGCCGCCAGACAGCAUAGACUUUCUCCUGGACCCCAUCUUAGACCCGUAGCAGUCUGGCCUUACUACUAACCCUUAGCUACUAUUGCAUAAUUUCCACUGCAGGGAUUUACCACAGUGCUUGGCCUCAGACUUUAGUGUUCCAUGGUUGAGGUUUAGUGGGAAAAGGUUGUUAUCGGUGGGAUGUAAAACCCAGGUCUUCUGCAUGGUAACGCAACGUCUUUACCAUUAUACCAGGAGGAAAUCCUCAUGGUCAGACUGGGUGACAAUUUGUCUUACUUUUAUUUUUUUUACCAGAUCAGCUUUUUAUUUUAUUUUUUUACAAAUCUCUUUUAUACUUUUGUUUUGCAUCAUCUCUUGUUUUGUUGCUUAUUUCUUUGUAAAAAAAUAUAUAUCACUCAGAAAUGUCCUUGUUUUUGAAAGAAAAGCAUUUUUUUUGUCCAUUUGUCCAGAAAUACAGUGUAGACAUUGUUAAGGUUGUAAAUUACUAUUGUAGCUGGAAACGGCAGAUUUCUUUAUGGAAUAUCUACAGAGGCCUACAGACGCCCUUUAUCAGCAACCAUCACUCCUGUGGUCCAAUGGCACGUUGUGUUAGCUAAUCCAAGUUUAUCAUUUUAAAAGGCUAAUUGAUCAUUAGAAAACCCUUCUGCAAUUAUGUUAGCACAGCUGGAAACUGUUGUUCUGAUUAAAGAAGCAAUAAAACUGGCCUUUAGACUAGUUGAGUAUCUGGAGCAUCAAUACUUUUUUGCUGUUUCCAUGUGUUAUUUCAUAGUUUUGGUGUCUUCACUAUUACUCUACAAAAUAAAGAAAAACCCUUGAAUGAGUAGGUGCGGCCAAACUUUUGACUGGUUCAGUGUGUGUGUGUAUAUAUAUAUAUAUAUAUAUAUAUAACAUUUUUGUAGUUGUAUAGUUGUUUUGUCUCAGGCAGGGCUACUCUGUUACAGGUACAUCAGCCAAUGAGUCAUAUCCAAUGCUAAUGGGCUAAAGCCUGAGACCUUUGUGUUUCCAUGGAUGAGGUCCCCCCCCCCACACACACACACACAAAUUGUGCUGGCACCAGACACUACUCUUUGAUGUGGAUUUUAAUCUAUUUUUCGUUUUAUGGGGGGGGGGGGGGUCCAUGUUCAAAAUAGAUUACAUGAUAUAUUCCACUAUGUGUAAUGAUGACCUUUGUGAUUUCAUGUAGUUAUUGUUUCACUCUGGUCAGGUAAUUUUACUCACCCUUGAACCAUAAACCUAGUAAUGACAUGGUCAAGCUCAACACUGCAUUUUCAUGCAUGGUAAGAAUAUGGACUUUGUACUGCAGACUUCAUCCUUAAGGGUCUGGUGCUAUCUAUGUGGUGUUCAUUGUGAACAAGAUUUCAGUUUCUGAGAUUUGCACAGAUGACCAUUUACGACACAGACCUACUGUGUUGUAUAUCCAGUUCCAAGGUAUGUUUGAAAUGUUUUGUACAACUUAAUCUUAUGGUUUGUUCUGUAACCAUUUUAACAGCCACAGUCUAAGAUGUCUAUUGCCAUAGGAGAUGUAUUCAAAUGAAUCCUGUUGCUCUCUGGAAAUCGUUUUCUUCGAGUACGUGGUGAUAUGGAAUGUUUGUGUUUGAUGGGGGCGAGGGUGUACAUCCUUAUUGUGCAGGGUUUUCAACCUGUGGCUCAAUAUCUACGAUACAUUGAUGUUUCCUUCUGAACAUUUUGAUGUAAAAUAAAAACAUUGACCAGUAGUGCGAAAA